AUGCUGAGCCCUGUUCUCCAUUCUGAGCUCUCGGCCUUGGAGCCGGAGUACACAGAGGCUGAUGUCAUCUCUACGGUGGAGUUUAGCCAAUCAGGAGAGUUCCUGGCCACAGGGGACAAGGGUGGGAGAGUGGUCAUCUUUCAAAGAGAACUUCAGGGGGAAUAUAAUGUAUACAGCACAUUUCAGAGCCAUGAACCUGAGUUCGACUGCCUGAAGAGCUUAGAGAUAGAAGAGAAAAUCAAUAAGAUCCGGUGGUUACCUCAAAUCAAUUCCACUCACUUCCUCCUGACCACCAAUGACAAGACCAUUAAGCUGUGGAAGGUAAGCGAGAGAGACAAAAGACCUGAAGGUUACAACCUGAAAGACGAGGAGGGCCGGAUGAAGGACAUUUCAAGAAUCACAUCUCUUCAGGUCCCUGUGUUACGGCCGAUGGAUUUGCUGGUGGAAGCGUCUCCGAGGCGUGUGUUUGCUAAUGCUCAUGCCUAUCACAUCAACUCGAUCAGCAUUAACAGUGACUGUGAGACUUACCUGUCAGCUGAUGACCUGAGGAUCAACCUGUGGAAUCUCAAUAUCACAGAUCGCAGCUUCAACAUUGUGGACCUGAAGCCGGAAAACAUGGAGGACUUGAGCGAGGUGAUCACCGUGGCCGAGUUUCACCCUCAUCACUGCCACUUGCUGGCCUUCAGUAGUAGUGCAGGUGCUACACGCCUGUGUGAUAUGAGAUCUCGUGCAUUGUGCGACCGACCUGCUAAACUAUUUGAGGAGUCAGUGGACCCAGCCCAUCGAUCCUUCUUCUCUGAGAUCACUUCCUCUGUGUCAGAUGUAAAGUUCAGUCACAGUGGACGCUACCUUCUCACCCGAGACUACCUCACUGCUAAAGUCUGGGACCUCAACAUGGAGAACAAACCAGUGGAGAUAUAUCAGGUCCAGGAUUAUUUGCGCUCCAAACUCUGUGCCCUUUAUGAGAGCGACUGCAUCUUUGAUAAGUUUGAAUGUUCCUGGAACGGAACUGACAGUGUCAUCAUGACAGGGGCGUAUAAUAAUUUCUUCCGGAUGUUUGACCGAGCGAGUCGGCGUGACGUGACGUUGGAGGCGAGUCGGGAGGUGUGUAAGCGGCGCGCCGUGCUCCGGCCUCGCCGUGUGUGUGUGGGGAAGAAGAGGAGGGACAAUGAUAUCAGUGUGGACAGCCUGGACUUCAGGAAGAAGAUCCUGCACACAGCAUGGCAUCCAACCGACAACAUCAUCGCCAUCGCAGCCAGCAACAACCUGUUCAUCUUUCAGGACAGACACAGCCCCGGAUACCACGGGGGCCAUCAUUUAGAACAAGACAAGCCUCUGCAGUUACAGGAUACAACCCGUCAGUGA